CCGGAAGAGGGCGGGCCGUAGCGGGCGACCGAGGGUGAGUUUCACUAAGCUAGAGGGCUGCGUGUACGGUUCCUGACAGCUUCCUGCGUUCGCAGCUGUGGCCAUGUCGGCAGUGAGCCCCAUCCAGAUCCCGAGCCGCCUUCCGCUGCUGCUAACCCACGAGGGCGUGCUGCUGCCCGGCUCCACCAUCCGCACCAGCGUGGACACGGCCCGCAACCUGCAGCUGGUGCGCAGCCGCCUGCUGAAGGGCACGUCGCUGCAGAGCACCAUCCUGGGAGUCAUCCCCAACACGCCCGACCCGGCCAGCGACGCGCAGGACCUGCCGCCGCUGCACAGGAUUGGGACAGCUGCUCUGGCGGUUCAGGUGGUAGGCAGUAACUGGCCCAAGCCCCAUUAUACUUUGCUGAUCACAGGCCUGUGCCGGUUCCAGAUUGUCCAGGUCUUAAAAGAGAAGCCAUAUCCUGUUGCUGAAGUGGAGCAGUUGGACCGGCUUGAGGAAUUUCCCAACACCUGCAAAACCAGGGAGGAGCUAGGAGAGCUGUCUGAACAGUUCUACAGAUAUGCAGUACAAUUGGUUGAAAUGUUGGAUAUGUCUGUCCCUGCUGUUGCUAAACUGAGACGCCUUUUAGAUAGUCUUCCAAGGGAAGCUUUACCGGACAUUCUAACUUCAAUUAUCCGAACAAGCAACAAAGAGAAGCUCCAGAUCUUAGAUGCUGUGAGCCUAGAAGAGCGCUUCAAGAUGACCAUACCACUGCUUGUCAGACAAAUUGAAGGCCUGAAAUUGCUCCAGAAGACCCGAAAGCCCAAGCAAGAUGAUGACAAACGGGUGAUAGCAAUACGCCCUAUUAGGAGGAUUACACACAUCCCAGGUGCUUUAGAAGAUGAGGAUGAGGAUGAGGAUAAUGAUGACAUUGUAAUGCUAGAGAAGAAAAUACGAACAUCCAGCAUGCCAGAGCAGGCCCACAAAGUCUGCGUCAAGGAGAUAAAAAGGCUCAAAAAAAUGCCUCAGUCAAUGCCAGAAUAUGCUCUGACUAGAAAUUAUUUGGAACUUAUGGUGGAACUUCCUUGGAACAAAAGUACAACUGACCGCCUGGAUAUUCGGGCAGCCCGGAUUCUUUUGGAUAAUGACCAUUAUGCCAUGGAAAAACUGAAGAAAAGAGUUUUGGAAUACUUGGCUGUGAGACAGCUGAAAAACAAUUUGAAGGGCCCAAUUCUUUGUUUUGUUGGCCCCCCUGGAGUUGGUAAAACAAGUGUGGGAAGAUCAGUGGCCAAGACCCUGGGUCGAGAGUUCCACAGGAUUGCACUGGGAGGAGUGUGUGAUCAGUCUGACAUUCGGGGGCACAGGCGCACCUAUGUUGGCAGUAUGCCCGGUCGCAUCAUCAAUGGCUUGAAGACUGUUGGAGUCAACAACCCAGUGUUUCUGUUGGAUGAGGUUGACAAGCUGGGAAAAAGCUUACAAGGUGAUCCUGCAGCUGCUCUACUUGAGGUGUUGGAUCCUGAACAAAACCAUAAUUUCACAGAUCACUACCUAAAUGUGGCCUUUGACCUUUCCCAAGUUCUUUUUAUAGCUACUGCCAAUACCACUGCUACAAUUCCACCUGCCUUGUUGGACAGAAUGGAAAUCAUUCAGGUUCCAGGGUAUACACAGGAGGAGAAGAUAGAGAUUGCCCACAGGCACCUGAUCCCAAAGCAGCUGGAACAACAUGGGCUGACGCCACAGCAGAUUCAGAUCCCACAGGUCACCACUCUGGCCAUCAUCACCAGGUAUACCAGAGAGGCAGGAGUUCGUUCUCUGGACAGAAAGUUUGGGGCCAUUUGUCGAGCUGUUGCUGUAAAAGUUGCAGAAGGACAGCACAAGGAAGCCAAGCUGGACCGUUCUGAUAUGACUGAAGGAGAAGGCUGCAGAGAACAUGUCAUAGAAGAUGCAAAGCCUGAAUCUAUCAAUGACACUACCGACUUGACCCUGCCACCUGAAAUGCCAAUUCUGAUUGAUUUCCAUGCUCUGAAAGAUAUUCUUGGACCCCCACUAUAUGAGAUGGAGGUAUCUGAGCGUCUGAGCCAGCCAGGAGUUGCAAUAGGUUUGGCAUGGACUCCCUUAGGUGGAAAAAUCAUGUUCGUGGAGGCAAGUCGAAUGGAUGGAGAAGGCCAGUUGACGCUAACUGGCCAGCUAGGGGAUGUCAUGAAAGAGUCUGCCCACCUCGCCAUUAGCUGGCUUCGCAGCAAUGCAAAGAAAUACCAUCUGACUAAUGCUUUUGGAAGUUUUGAUCUUCUUGACAACACAGAUAUCCAUCUGCACUUCCCAGCUGGAGCUGUCACAAAAGAUGGACCAUCUGCUGGUGUUACCAUAGUAACCUGUCUCGCCUCACUUUUUAGUGGGCGACUGGUACGCUCAGAUGUAGCUAUGACUGGAGAAAUUACAUUGAGAGGUCUUGUUCUUCCAGUAGGAGGGAUCAAAGACAAAGUGCUGGCUGCACACCGCGCAGGACUAAAGCAGGUCAUCAUUCCUCAGAGGAACGAGAAGGACCUGGAAGAAAUCCCCAGCAAUGUGCGACAGGAUCUAAGUUUUGUCACAGCAAGCUGCCUGGAUGAGGUUCUGAACGCAGCUUUUGACGGUGGCUUUGCUGUCAAGACCAGACCUGGCCUCGUCAAUAGCAAACUGUAGGCCCAAACCUCAGUCAAGUAGAACUUACAUUAUGAAGUGCCAAGGGACUGACAAGACUGCUUUUAGUUACCAGUUGGAGUAAGCAAAAUGUCCCUAGUUAAUGGACAUAAUCAACAGAGUAAUGAGCCUCAACUAGUUACUAGUGUUUAUUGCAAAAAUGUUGAUUAAGUAAAUUAAUAAAAUUGGAAUUCUUGUC